AUGAAGCGGUCAGUAACUAAUGAAGGCCAUCAAAAGAACAAGAAAAAGAAAAGCACUUAUUCCAAUUCUUCAUCAUUUAAAUUUGUUGAUUUGCCUUCCGAAAUGAUUGGUAACAUUCUUGAUUAUUCACUCAUAAGUGAUGGAUUAUCACUCGUCACUACAUGUAAACAAUUCCACAACGAUCACUACAACGAACAUUUAUUGUUCUCUCCAUGCAAGUAUAUGAAAUUAAUGGCAAAUAUGACACCUUAUCAAUUGAAACUGCACCAUAAAGCAGCAACUCAUAUGAAAGAUCAAAUGAGAGCCAAAGAGAUUUAUGAGAAUGAAAAGAAGAAAUUCAAAUGCAUGUUGAAAUUAAUUAAAAAAGAAAUUGGAAAGAAAACAGCACGUGAAUUGAAAAAAAAACUUUUCAAGAAAGUGAUUUAUAACAAAAUAGAUGCACAAGACACCAGAAGAGAAAUAACAAUUGGAGAAUGUUCUAUCAUUCAUGAAUCAAGUUUUGAGUCAAAUAUUCAAAGUUAUGAAAGUAUUGAUGCACAGGUUUGGUAUUCAUGUAAAAUUGUUAAGGAUAAUGAGGUUUAUGAAAUAGUUGACAACUGUUCAUGGUUAUGUGACAGUCAAGGAACGUGCACUACUGAUGAUCUAAAUGAGCUAUUAACUAUUGAUCAUAAUAUAGAUUCUAAAUUAGUGUUAGCUUGCUUGCUCAUGACAGCUCCUCUACUGAGCUGGUCAGUUGUGAAGAAUGAAUAUCCAACUUCAUUUUCUUCGAAUAAGCCACCUGAAAUAUAUUUUAGUGGUUCGAUUACUUUAACCAAGCAAUCAGCUUCUAUUAAUGAUAUCGUGCAACAAGUGUUCAAUUGGGCCAUAUAA